AUGAGUUCAAACUUCCUAGUUUUGCCAGGGCCAAAAGCCUUGUCUCCAUUUAGAGUCAACAAUUUGAUCCAAGAAAUUGAAAAAAAAUCCCAAAAGGCAAAUUCGAUUGAGGAGGUGGCAAGUCAGUACACCCACUAUGUUUCACUCAAGAAGCCAUUGAAUGAAAAACAGUUGGAAUUGUUGAAGAUUUUGUUGACUUAUGAUAACCCAGUUGACGUGUCAAAUCCGUUAAACGCUGAAUUGAUCAAGUUAUCCACUGGCGAAGCUCAAGCCAAGGGACCAGAGGAAUUUAUUCAGAUUUUGCCUAGACCUGGUACCAUAUCUCCUUGGUCUUCAAAGGCAACUGAUAUUGCCCAAAUUUGUGGAUUAGGUGAUUUCGUUGAAAGAAUUGAACGUGGGUUGUCCUUAUUGUUCAAGAUUAGAAAUGGUGAAACUUUUGCCGUGUCUGGUGACAUUUUGACGUCAGUGUUUGACAGAAUGACUCAGAAGUUAUACCUUAAUGACAACGUUCCCAAGUAUGACGAUUUAUUUGCUCAUCAUAAACCUAAACCACUUGUUGCCGUUGAUUUGUUAGGAAAUAAAGAUAACUUGUUGCAAGCUAAUAAGGAAAUGGGAUUGGCUUUGGAUCAAGGUGAAAUUGAGUAUUUAACAAAUGCUUUUACUAAUAUCAUUGGUCGUAAUCCAACCGACGUGGAGUUAUUUAUGUUUGCUCAAGUCAACUCCGAGCAUUGUCGUCACAAGAUUUUUAACGCCGAUUGGACCAUCGAUGGAGUCAAAAAGGAUAAAUCCUUGUUCAAGAUGAUUAGAAACACCCAUGAGAAAAAUCCACAGUAUACUGUAUCUGCUUAUUCAGAUAAUGCUGCUGUGUUUGAAGGUCCUGAAGGAUACGUUUUUACACCUGACUUCAAGUCGAAACAAUGGAAGUCGAUAAAGGAGAGUGUUCAAACUUUGGUCAAGGUUGAAACUCAUAACCAUCCAACCGCCGUUUCUCCAUUUGCUGGUGCCGCUACCGGUUCAGGUGGUGAAAUUAGAGAUGAAGGUGCUGUGGGAAGGGGCUCUAAGUCUAAAGCUGGUUUAUCUGGUUUUACUGUGUCCGAUUUAAACAUUCCAACUUUGAAACAGCCCUGGGAAAUAAAUGUUGGUAAACCAAACCAUAUUGCCAGCUCUUUGGACAUCAUGAUUGAAGCACCAAUUGGUUCAGCUGCAUUCAACAAUGAAUUUGGAAGACCAGCUAUCAAUGGUUAUUUUAGAACAUUGACAACUGAGGUUGAAAAUGCCAAGGGUGAAAAAGAAAUAAGGGGUUUCCAUAAGCCAAUUAUGUUGGCUGGUGGUAUGGGUGCCAUCAGACCAGGGUUGGCUUUGAAAAACAAGAAAAUCACUCCCGGUGCUAAAUUGAUUGUUUUGGGAGGACAAUCCAUGUUGAUUGGAUUAGGUGGUGGUGCUGCUUCAUCCAUCAGUUCCGGUGAAGGUUCAGCCGACUUGGAUUUUGCUUCUGUACAAAGAGGUAACCCAGAAAUACAAAGAAGAGCACAACAAGUUAUUGACGCAUGUGUCUCCUUAGGUGCAGAGGGCAAUCCUAUUCAAUCUAUUCACGAUGUCGGUGCUGGUGGUUUGAGUAACGCUUUGCCUGAAUUGGUUCAUGAUAAUGACUUAGGGGCCAAGUUUGAGUUAAGGUCAAUCUUGUCAUUAGAACCGGGCAUGUCACCAAUGGAAAUUUGGUGUAACGAAUCGCAAGAGAGAUAUGUUUUGGGAGUUGCUCAAGAGGAUUUAGAUAUGUUUGCCAAGAUCUGUGAGCGUGAAAGAGCCCCAUUUGCCGUUGUUGGUGAAGCUACUGAAGAACAAAGAUUGAUCUUGACUGAUUCGUUAUUGAAGGAUACACCAAUUGAUUUGGAGAUGUCAGUAUUGUUUGGCAAACCACCAAAGAUGUCGCGUGUUGCCGCUACAGAAGACUUGAAAUUGAAACCAUUCAAGACCAACGAGUUGGAAAUUAGUGAAUCUAUUGACCGUGUUUUGCAGUUACCAUCAGUGGGGUCAAAGUCUUUCCUUAUCACCAUUGGUGAUAGAUUUAUUACUGGAUUAGUCGAUCGUGAUCAAAUGGUUGGACCAUGGCAAGUGCCAGUAGCUGAUGUCGGUGUUACUGCCACAUCUUUGGGAGAAACUGUGUUAUCUACAGGUGAGGCUAUGGCCAUGGGUGAAAAGCCAACUUUGGCGUUGAUUUCAGCCAGUGCCUCAGCCAAAAUGGCAGUGGCCGAAUCUUUGUUGAAUGUCUUUGCCGCCGAUGUCCCAUCAUUGGAACACGUCAAAUUGUCAGCCAACUGGAUGUCUGCUGCAAGUCACCCCGGUGAAGGUGCCAAGUUGUAUGAGGCUGUUGAGGCUAUAGGUCUUGACUUGUGUCCAGAUUUGGGUGUCUCAAUUCCCGUCGGUAAAGAUUCCAUGAGUAUGAAAAUGAAGUGGGAUAACAAGGAAGUUACUGCGCCAUUAGCAUUAACAAUUACAUCAUUUGCUCCAGUGGACAAUACAUCCAACACUUGGACUCCUCAACUUCAACGUGUCGAUGACUCUAUUUUGGUGCUUGUUGAUUUGGCCGCAAAGGAUAAAAAGUCUCUUGGUGGAUCGGCAUUGGCUCAAGUCUAUCAAGAAGUUGGCGAUAGUGCACCAACUGUGCACUCAAAUGCUGUAUUGAAGGCAUUUUUGCAAUCCUUGGUUGUAUUGCACAAACAAUUCCCCGUUUUGGCAUAUCACGAUAGAUCUGAAGGUGGUUUAUUAACCACUGUAUUGGAAAUGGCGUUUUCAGGAAGAUGUGGAUUGGACAUUUCGUUGGAUGCUGAAGAAGACCAAUUUACCGAGCUUUUUAAUGAAGAGUUGGGUGCUGUUUUCCAGAUUAAAUUACACGAUUUGAUCAAGUUUAGGGAGAUCUUUGCCAACCAUGGCAUGGAUAAGGAAUUUAUCAAGGUUAUUGGUAAACCUAAUUUCCAUGAUCAAGCAAUCAAUAUUUCGUACAACGGUGCUCCUGUUUACACAUCUACACGUGCCCACUUACAGCAAUUAUGGAGCAACACUUCUUAUCACAUUCAAAAAAUGAGAGACAAUCCAGUAACUUCAAAGCAAGAAUAUGAUGCAAUUGCUGAUGACAAGGAUCCAGGUAUUAGUUACCAAUUAACAUUCAAUCCUGCCGAGCGUAAAUCAUAUAAGACUAAACCAAAGGUUGCUAUCUUGAGAGAACAGGGUGUCAACUCUCAACAAGAGAUGGCAUGGAGUUUCCAGCAAGCCGGAUUCGAUGUGUAUGAUGUAACCAUGUCGGAUAUUUUGGAAGGAAGAGUCACUUUGGAUAACUUUGUUGGAUUGGCUGCUUGUGGUGGUUUUUCGUAUGGUGAUGUUUUGGGGGCUGGUGCUGGUUGGGCAAAGUCCGUAUUGUUCCAUGAGAAUGCUAGAAACGAAUUCAAAAGGUUCUUCCAAGACAGAACUGAUACAUUUGCAUUUGGUGCAUGUAACGGAUGUCAAUUUUUCAGUAGAAUUGCUGAAUUGAUCCCUGGUACUGACCACUGGCCUACCUUUGAGCGCAACUUGUCAGAACAAUACGAAGCAAGGUAUGUGAUGGUUGAAGUUGAUCCAUCGGAGCAAAACAACUCCAUCUUUUUGCAAACAAUGAAAGGCUCGAGGUUGCCAAUUGCCGUAGCCCAUGGUGAAGGACGUGCUCAGUUCAAAUCAGCUGAGGAUGAGGAGAAGUUUGCAUUGGAUGUUGUUCAUUAUAUCGAUAACUACGGAAAUGCUACUCAAACUUACCCAUUCAAUCCUAAUGGAUCGCCAAAUGCUAUUGCUGGUAUAAGCUCGGCAAACGGAAGGGUUUUGGCAAUGAUGCCUCAUCCUGAAAGAGUUACACGUAAGGAGGGUAAUUCAUGGUAUCCCCAUGCUCAGGCCAGAGAAUGGCAGGGAUAUGGACCAUGGGUCGAAUUAUUCAAGUCAGCAAGAGCCUGGGUCGGUGAUAACUGA